CAACUUCUACCGAUGGUUAUCAACACCUGGCCCUUUUCAGCCGCCAACGAGGAGGCGUGGCGGAUCCUCAACCUCAGAAAGGGCGGAGUUGGUCAAACGAGGAAUGCCGUGGUGGGCGGAAUAUCCCAGUGCGAGAUGCUAAAGUGUAAUGAUGGUAUUGGCUACGGUGGCAAUCCCGACGAGCGUGGAGAUGUAUCCCUGGACGCCUUGCUCAUGGACGGCAGCACCAUGGAGGUAGGGGCAGUGGGUGAUCUUCGGAGAGUUAAAAGCGCCAUCAAGGUGGCCCGCCACGUCCUGGAGCAUACACACCACACCCUUUUGGUGGGCGAAGGAGCCGGGGAUUUUGCCAAUGCCAUGGGAUUCCAGACCGAGUCACUAAACACUCCGGAAACCACAGCAAUGUGGCAAAAUUGGACGGCGCAUAGCUGCCAGCCAAACUUCUGGCGAAAUGUGUAUCCGGAUUCCACGUCGACCUGCGGUCCCUUCAAGCCCUUGAAUUCGUGGGAUGUGGAAGCUUCUGGAACUAAAGAUCAUGAGAUCGGACCGGAUAACCACGAUACUGUCACCAUGGCCGCCAUCGAUGUGGAGGGCAAGAUCCACGUGGGCACAUCCACCAACGGACUGCGAUAUACGCUACCCGGACGUGUUGGGGAUGCGUCGAUCCCUGGUUCCGGUGCCUAUGCGGAUAACGACGUGGGCGCCGCCAUCACCACCGGAGAUGGUGACAUCCUGAUGCGCUUUCUUCCCUCCCUCCGUGCUGUGGAGGCCAUGCGGGCGGGCAAGACUCCGGCGGAGGCGGCGAAGUUGGCGAUCCAGAGGAUACGGGCGCGCACACACAGUUUCGAAGGCGCCAUUGUUGUUGUAGAUCGCUUUGGAAAUUAUGCAGCGGCCUGUCAUGGUUUCGCGAAGCCAUUCUCCUUCAUGGUUAGCAGCCCGGCCAAUCCUAACCAGCCGACGCGUAAAGAACCGGUCAUGUGCACAACAAAAAUCAAUAAUUAAACGUCCAGGCCUGUUCACGAAGUUAUU